AGGGUUUUGCUGAUGGGCCACUCCUUGUUCAACGCCACACGCAGUUCGCAUUGCUUUUGUAUGUACGUCGGGCCACCCGCCUGAGUCAAACUGUCGCAUGUGCAUUUCCGGGCCUAUCCCAUAGAAUCCCUCUAAUCAGCAAAAAAAAUAGACCCUCUUGGCAAAUCCGCAGGCGGUACGCCUGAGACACUAAAAUAUCAAUGGGCCUGUUGGUGCACCGCUUGGCUCACCCAAUGUGGGUCAUGCAGGUCGAAUUCCCACUGCCUCAUCGAUUCCUGUCAUCUGAUGUCCAUCUUCUUAUCCUUUUGACUUUGCUGCAGUGUAUAGUCACUUCGGGAUUUGCCUAACGCCCACCUCCAAGUCUUGGCCCAUGCAAAUAGAACACAUUCUCGACUUCCCUUUCGCCCCCCUCCACCAUCGAGAAAAAGAAAAGAAUGACAACGCCUGCAAGAAAAAUUGACCCCAAAGAUGCUCGUCAUGUCAGGCACACCCGCAUGGGAAUAUGGGACCUCUACGAGGAUCGCAAGACUGAUAUGUCCCCCAUAGCGUGGACAUAUGCCCAGAUAGUCCAAAGUGUACCGUAUGUAUCGCGCACGAUGAAGGACAUACUCAGCAUCAGACGAGCUUGGAUGCCGCUUUCCGCAUUUCUAUUAAUAGAAGUCUUAGCUUCCCUCAUACCUGCCGUUUCCCUAUGGUACACCGGUCAACUGUUCAGCCUUGUAGAGACAGGAAUGGAGACGCGUACUGCAGGCUCGACAGUGCUCGUUCAUAUUGCAACAGGGCGUCUUGCGUGCACAAUUGCAACGAGCUUUCUCCAACACGCUCGGCGCUGCAUAAUACCCCCCCUGUACAAAUCCAUCAAAGCAUUCCACAGGGAGCGCAUAUUCAACUCCUUAAUUUACCUUGACUUGCCCACCUAUGAAGAGUCGGUUAUCGCGGAGAACUUCAGGUGCACAUCUUACACUUGGGUCUCUGGCGUAGCUUUUGAGACCGUUGAGAUGUUGAUGAGUAUCGCAACGACAGUCCUUCGUCUGCUCUCUCAAUGUUUGGUUCUGAUAAUAGUCCUGCGGGAGCAACAGGAUGUUCUCCUUUUUGCGGUUCUCAGUUUUUUGCAAUCUAUGUUUUACUGGUAUGGCACACCAAAAACAGUGGCCAGAUCCUUGGUUUGGGCUGCGGCCACGGUCAACGAAGAUUAUGUUCGCAUGCUAGGUCUGUAUCGCCUCAUCGAGAACAAUUUUCACCGGAAGGAACUUGUCGCAGGCAACCUUAGCGAAUAUGUCGCUGCACGAUUUCACGAAUCCGCCGAGCGCAUAGGCGAUGAUGCGGUUGAUUUUUCAGAGUUGGAACAUACCUGGUCUGUCAAAGAUAGUCUGAGCAUAGCAUCCAUCCUCCGAGAAAUGAUGCACGCACUGCCCCCGAUUUUCUUCACCUUGCGCAUCGUGCAAAAGCAAAUGACUAUCCCUCUUUACUUGGUAUCACUCAUGUUGAUCUAUCAAAUUUCGUUUGGUUUGCCGCUCCCCUUCUCUACGCCUACCCUUCUCGCAGCGAAACUUGCCGAUAUACGCUCUAUAUAUGCGAUAGAUGAUGUGAAGAACAAGGUGGUAGAUGGCCUAGAACCGUUCCCGGAGGACCGGCAGUCUCUCAGGAGUGGCAUUUCCAUCGAGUUCAGGAAUGUAUCGUUCCAGUACCCUGGCGCGGAGAGGUAUGCUCUCCGAAAUGUAUCAUUCAAGAUUGAAGCGGGUCGACUUUGCGUCAUUAUUGGGAUGAAUGGCUCUGGAAAGAGUACAAUAUUGAACCUUAUUUCCCGCAUCUACGACCCAACAGAAGGCAUAAUUCUUAUCGACAACCGUGACAUCAAAAGCCUUAGACUCGCUGACCUCCGCACUGCCAUGUCUAUCCUUUUCCAAGACUUCACGCACUUCCCCCUCUCAAUACGUGAGAACGUCGGACUUGGAAACCCUGCGCUGGCACAUGAUAACGACAAGAUCCGCGAAGCCGCCCGUCUCGGCGGCGCAGAGGAGUUUGUUGACGAGCUCCUUGAUGGAUUCAACUCCUACCUCGAGCGCCCUGUGAACAACCACUACGCACAGCUCAUUGAAGGUACCAUGAUGGCCUCUGGGCAGCGCGUCGACUUCUCCGCGGUAAAAAGCAUCGGGGGCCUCCCCCCGAUUAUGUGGGCCUCAGUGGCGGACAAAGGCAGCGGCUUGCGGUCUCUCGCACAUUUAUGCGCUCAUUGGCCUCCGAGACGGAGUCUUCCGCUGGCAUGUUGUUAUUUGAUGAGCCGAGCGCUUCCCUUGACCCUAUGGCCGAACACGGUGCGCUGACCUGUUCCUUCGUGAUGCCAGGUUUGAGAGCAAUAUAACCGAUGCUGAUGAAAUAGAUCUCUUCGAGCGCCUCCGGAAGUUGAGAGGUAAUAAGACCAUGAUAUUCUCCACUCACCGGUUUGGGAACCUCACCCGGCAUGCGGAUCUCAUUUUGUACAUGGACCAAACUGUUCAGGAACAAGGCACGCAUGAUGAACUGAUGUCGAAAGGGGGAGAGUAUGCUCGUAUGUGGAAUCUGCAAGCGAACGCUUUCACUUAACUACCAGAUACCGAGACACACAUUGUACGAUAACCCGGACUACUUAUAAGCAUCUAUACACCACAGCUAUGCAAUAGUAUAGCCUGGACAUACUACGGAAAGCAGUAGCAGAUCGCGAGAAAACAACAGAAAUGAUGAUGAUAUAAAUCA